CGGGCACUUGAGAGGGGGAGAGAGAGGAUCAAGUUCAAUGCCGGCUUGGGCUACAUGGAGGGUUCAGCUAUCCUGGGCUGCUUGAGACAAAACAAAACCCUAAAGAAAACGGAAGAAUCCUUUGGUAGAAGAGAAAGUGACACUGAGAUGCAAGCCUCCCCCUGGCACCAGCCAAGUCGAUCUUUGUCCAAUCGACCAUCCUGCACGUUGCUUGCCCGGUUCCACGAGCUGGCGCCUGUCGACUUCUCAGCCUUGCCACUUUAAUCUCACCCCAGCACUUCUGGCCACUUCCCUUCCGGGGAACCCUGCACUAUUCUAUGGGGCUGGGAAAAUGCUUUUCCUGGCAGGUCGGAUUCUUUAAAUUGCUCAACCCAGCUUGCCCAGGAAACACCUUCCUUGAUCCUGGAAUGGAGGCACGUCCCUCGUUGGCUGCUGCGUGAGCAAAGCAACUAUUUUCCAGCGAGUGUCCUCAGGUGACCUGUCUAGACGCUCAAAGGAAAAAACAAGAGAAUCUGACACUCUCUGGAGCCCCAAAGACGCCUGUGACGCGCAGGCCGCGCUGCGUGGAAGGGCGUGCGGAGCGCACAGCGGCAGGCCCAACGGGGCUGGCGGCGUGGCGCCGGGUGCCCGGGACGCAGGCUCCGCAUUUGUUCUGGAAGCUCGUAUUUACAUUUUAAGUGUAUCUGGUGAGUGGGCUGGAGCCCUCGUCCCGGCCGGGGAGAGAAGAAGCCGUCGACCCGUCUUUUCAACCGCUCCCCCUCCCUUUUCUCAUCACUCCAACCAGCCCGCGACCAUGCCCAGGAAGAAGGGGGCGGCCUGGGAGGAGCCGAGUUCGGGCAACGGCACUGCGCGCGCGGGGCCUCGGAGGCGCGGCGGCCCCGCAGGCAGGAAGCGCGAGCGGCCCGAGCGCUGCAGCAGUAGCAGCGGCGGCGGCAGCAGCGGCGACGAGGACGGCCCGGAGCUGGACGGGGCCCCCGGCGGCGGCAAGCGCGCGGCCAGGCCGGCGGCGGCGGGCAAAGCGGGCGGCGCGGCCGCGGUUAUCACCGAGCCCGAGCACACGAAGGAGCGCGUCAAACUCGAAGGGUCUAAAUGCAAAGGGCAGCUUUUGAUUUUUGGGGCAACAAACUGGGACUUGAUUGGACGGAAGGAAGUGCCUAAGCAGCAAGCUGCUUAUCGCAACCUUGGUCAGAAUUUGUGGGGGCCCCAUAGGUAUGGGUGCCUGUCAGGAGUCCGGGUGCGGACCGUGGUUUCGGGUUCAUGUGCUGCCCAUAGCCUCCUCAUCACCACAGAAGGGAAGCUGUGGAGCUGGGGUCGGAAUGAAAAGGGGCAGCUGGGCCAUGGCGAUACCAAGAGGGUUGAAGCCCCUAGACUCAUCGAGGCACUCAGUCAUGAGGCAAUCGUGCUGGCAGCAUGUGGGCGCAACCACACCCUGGCGCUGACAGACACUGGCUCCGUGUUUGCCUUUGGAGAGAAUAAGAUGGGACAACUGGGCCUUGGGAACCAGACAGAUGCUGUCCCGAGCCCUGCUCAGAUCAUGUACAAUGGGCAGCCAAUUACCAAGAUGGCCUGCGGGGCUGAAUUCAGCAUGCUGAUGGACUGUAAAGGCAACCUCUAUUCCUUUGGGUGCCCUGAAUAUGGCCAGCUGGGACACAACUCAGACGGGAAGUUCAUCGCCCGGGCACAGCGGAUAGAGUAUGACUGUGAGCUGGUACCCCGGCGGGUGGCCAUCUUCAUUGAGAAGACCAAGGAUGGGCAGAUCUUGCCUGUCCCAAAUGUGGUAGUUCGAGAUGUAGCCUGUGGUGCUAAUCACACACUGGUCCUGGACUCACAGAAGCGAGUCUUCUCCUGGGGUUUUGGUGGCUACGGCCGACUGGGCCAUGCAGAGCAGAAGGAUGAGAUGGUGCCUCGCCUGGUGAAGCUGUUUGACUUUCCAGGGCGUGGUGCGACCCAGAUCUACGCUGGCUAUACCUGCUCCUUUGCCGUCAGUGAAGUGGGUGGCCUGUUUUUCUGGGGGGCCACCAAUACAUCCCGUGAGUCUACUAUGUACCCGAAAGCAGUGCAGGACCUCUGUGGCUGGCGGAUCCGGAGCCUCGCAUGUGGGAAGAGCAGCAUCAUUGUGGCAGCCGAUGAGAGCACCAUCAGUUGGGGUCCGUCGCCGACCUUCGGGGAACUGGGAUAUGGGGACCACAAGCCCAAAUCUUCUACUGCAGCUCAGGAGGUGAAGACCCUGGAUGGCAUCUUCUCAGAACAGGUGGCCAUGGGCUAUUCACACUCCUUGGUGAUAGCACGAGACGAGAGUGAGGCUGAGAGAGAGAAGCUCAAGCGGCUGCCCGAGUACACCCCACGCACCCUCUGAGGCAGGGUGGCACUCCCCUCGUGGCAGCUGUCAUUUCCACGUGCACUGGGACCAGAAGUCAGACAAGGAAUUUAGGAAGCAAAAGUUGACCGACGAUGCAUUGGGUCAGCCUCUCUGCGGUUCCGUUUCCAAGCAGUUCAGCGUUAACUACCUUUUUCUGUAUGCUUUCCAAAGUGUUUUUCCCUCAAUGUUUGAUUAAAACAUCUGCUCAUAGCCAGCUUGCCGUUGUACAAGACAGGCAGGAACUCAGAGCAAUUUAGGCUUUUUUUAUAUACAUAUAUAUAUAAGUUGUAUUUCUUUUCUCCCCCUCCUGAGUAUCCUUGUCCAGCCCUCCCAUUCCAGCCAUAAUUAGCAUUGUGAUCCGAGUGGGUGCCACGUGGGAGAGGAAUCGCCACUUUCCCAGAUAGAGACGGCCCUUCCAGGAACCAGCAGCCUCUAGGCCAAGAAAUCCCCAGUGCUCGGUCUCCACCCAGCUCCUGCUUGCCCGCUUUGGGAGACCUGGUCACUUGCUUGUAGGUCCUCCUGCCCCUCACCUCCACCCAAUAGCUGUUUGCUGGCUUGCUGUCUGCAAGGCCCACUGCCUUUUGGCUGAAGCAUUUGUAGAACCAGCCAUAUCCCCCCUGGUGGGGGAACUGGGGUCUCUGUGUUUAGCCAUUUAUAUCUACUUUAGCUCUCGAGUCCAAAUGAGAAUUGGGGACCAUGGGAUAUGGGGGGUGGGCAAGGUGGGGACCCUUUAUGUUGUUGAAGGGCCUGGUUUAUGGCUCCCUGUGGAGUCCAGACUGCGCUUCCCAGUUAGAGAUCAGCCAGCAGUCAAGUGUGUGUUCAGUCCUCUGUGACUUGUUGUCGCCUGCAUGCUUCGCCUGUCCCCUCUGCCUAGGAUGGCAUCCUGUUCUGAGACUUGGCCAUUCUGCUGGCCCCAAUGCUCUUUGGCGCUUGCAUUUGCUUGGCUCUGGUACCAAAUAGUUGGGAUUCCUGAUGAAAUCCCCUGCCCCGCGUGUCAGCGCAGAUGCUGUGACUGCCACCCACAUCCCCACAAGUGCCCUCUUCCCGAGCCCGUCCUGGUAUUGACUUUGCGGCUGAGUUCCAAGGUGCCUUUCCUGGAUCCCGAGUGUGGUGGCAGCUCGGGCUGGGGCCCCUGGUUCCCAGAGGGUCUGGGUUGUGUCGGCUGCUUUAACUAGGUUUAGUUCCGUGGUGCUUUGGGGGAGUCGGGGAGAACUGAAGUGUGAGGCUGGGUGGAUGAGAAAGUUAAUUCUGGUCUUCAAAUUUAUGGUUUCGCUUCUGGUGUUGUGACGCUUGUUGCUGUCUCUAUGUUAAAAUGCCAAAAAUGAUUUAGUCGCUGCUUUCUUCCCGCCCCAGUGCUCCACAGCAGCUUCUGGCUUUGCAAGGUAUGUUUGUCUCGGCCAGCGCCAUGGCCUGGCGGGAACGGAUCCGAGUUCCCACUGUCUCCCAUCACGUGUUCAGCUAGUCAGUCCAGGGACAAGCUUCUGCAGUGGCAGCGCUCCUGCAAAACUAACCUGCUUUGUCCAGGUCACCCCAGAUGCCACCCCUUGCCUCCACAUGCCGCCUGAGCCUUCCCUGCUCUCUCUGGCUAGUGCUGCUCAGUGUAUGCUUCUCUGUCCUGGAGUUGUGUGGUCACCAAGAGGGCUGAGGAUACAAUAGCCCUCAGCUGAGCUGGGCUCAUCUUCCAGGGAGCAAACCAUAGCCAGCAGUCAACUCCUGGCUAGUGCGGAGGUGGGGGUUGAGCAGAAAGUACCUUCUGGGGAGAGAUCCUUGAGUCCAGCCACAACCCCUUCCUUUAGACUAAAGUGUCCACCUGAGCUUUCCACUGGGAAACACCUUUAGAACAGGGACAGUGGGAAGUCCUGGGCGGGAGCCACUCUGGCCGCCCGUGGACUGCUGAAGUCUUCCAGUCACUGAUGAGAGGGUAGCAGGAAGGGAACAAGCGAGGAUGGUGUGAUUUGGUUGAAGGUGCCUGGUUUAGUGCUGUUAAUUGUCUUUUUUUUAUAUAUAUUUCUUGGAGUAAACAUUUUAAAUAAACGGCAUCAUUGUU